AUGUACGCAACGCGCUUAGCCAUUGUGGCCCUGAUUUCAGUGUAUCUGCAGCUGCAUCUGACUGCUGCCAAGAAUGACUUUGAGCUGCAGUUUGAGAAUUUUACAUGCCAUCGUAACGAUGUCUCAAAGGCAAAUCCGCUGCAGAGCAUCCAUUGUGGUCUUAACAAGAAUCCGAAGAGGCGAACUCUGCACUUGGAAUUUUCACUAAAGGAAACGGUUCACGAGCACGAUUUUCACAUAAUUAUCACCCUGCCUCGCCGCACCAUGGACUUUGUGCUGGUCAAUGUAACCACCGAUGGCUGCCAAUUGUUGGCGAAUAAGUAUCAAAUUCCCCUCCUGCGCAUCUCCCGCCAAAUGCUUGACCGCUACAGCAAUUUUCCGUCGCAGUGUCCCUUUGAGCUGGGCAAGCCGUAUUACAUGCGCGGCUUUCGCUUGGACCUGGGCUUAAUACCGGCCGUGAUGAUGGAAACACAAGUCGUCGUAGAAUUCGGCUACAUUCGUCAGCAAGAACAGUUAUUCCAAGGCUACAUUACGGCCCAUGUGCAGCGCACCACCGGCGCCAAGCAGAAGAAAAGUGGCUGA